AUGAAUGACAGGUUGCCUGAUGUGUUUGCGCAAAUCUUGAAGAAGUACUCUGAAGUUGCAGAUUACAAAGGGUCCUAUACCGAGCCGAAAUUUAAGGAUCUCCUCAGGAUUGCAUGUCAAUUGUGCGAAAAUGCAAUGAGUAUGGUGAAUGAACUUCGUUUGUUUAGCAAGAAUGAAAGCUUAGAUGAUCUAAGCUCUACCGAAAUAAGGUACAUAUGUCUUCCUGCAUUACUUGGUUAUUUCAACUCUCAGAAAAACGAUGAUCGGUCAUCCUGUAUUAGUUUGGCUUUGUCUCUCUACAAGGACUUUUUCAAACUUUGCUCAGAUUAUGGCGUAUUGUUUCCUGAUGGAGUGUCUUUGGAAAAAAGCAACCGAAUUUCCGGUCAGCCCUCAAUGUCAGAUCUUGCGCACGACCGUGAAGUCAAAAUAAAACGUUACAAAUCAAAAAAAGCUCUACAAGAACGUUUAGAAAAACUUGCAUCGUACGUGGACCAACCUCAUAUUGAUGAGGAAACCAAGCGUGAGUUCAAUUUAACUCUUGUUCAAAAAUGGCUUUGCAUCGCGCAAGAUGAUAUAAUCAGUCUACAAAAUGAGCUGGACAUUCUCUCGAAAGGAAGUUCCAUAAACGAGGAUAACAUAAACGUUACCAGAUCAGAACCUUUGCGACCAUUUAUCAUAACUCGGUCAGCUGCACAAGCUGCAGUGUUUGGUGCUGGUUAUCCAAGCCUCCCAACAAUGACUAUUGAAGAGUUUUAUGACCAACAGGUUGCAGCUGGUUUAUUACCUCCUCCAAAACCUAUUGUUCAAAGUGGAUCAGGACCAAAUGUGAGGCGAAUUGAUCCAUCGGCAGAAGAACGUGAAGCUGAGGAAAAGAAAAAGGCUAAGCAAGAUGAAUUAGAGGAUGCCGACGACCCUGAUAUGUUGUCAAAGGCUCGAUCAUUCGAUGAUUUCAAAGAUGAACAUCGUAGAGAUAUCAUAAGAAACACUAACGAAAAAAUGUCAAAGAAACCUAAAGUUCAAUAUAUUCAAAAUGAAGAACCGUCAUUUAUUAAAGAAUUUAAACAACGUGCUGGUAUUCCGACAGAUGCAACUAUCGAUUCGAAACGUACAGAAUUAAUUCCUGAUGAUAAUGAUGACGAUGAUCGACCAGAUGAACAACCACAAAUAGUUUUUGAUCCAUGUUCUGAUGUUCAUGAAUUAGAAGCAAGAGCAUUUAUCAAACAAUGGCAAUAUGAACAUAAACUUGGUUAUGUAGAAGAAACUAUUGUAAAAAAUAAUGAACCAGGUGUACCAAGUCGAAUAAUGUUUCGAUCUGCUGAAGAACGUUGUUCCGAUGAUAAAAUCCCAGUAAAGAGAUCAGAUAGUGACAUUCUUUCAAAUAAUCGACCAUUGCCACAUCAACAACAAAAACGAUCUGCCAGAGAUCGUUCACCCAUUGAUUCUAAGCGUAAAGACACGAAAUGUUCAUUGUUGUCAUUUGAUCUGGAUGAAGAUGAAGGAUAG